GCUACCUGUAUCCUCUUUCAGUCAAGACAUCUUCUCAUCUCGAGCUAACCACAACGCCGUCAUACAUCGCCCGUGCCCGUGACUUCCGGUCAACAACCAGUGGACCCGAGUGAUCUUUUUGGACCUAUCGGGUAGUCAUGGACGCAAGCCAGGAGCAAUCCCGCAGACGGUUGCCCUUCUCCUUUGGGUUCUCAAAGAGACAAGAAGUGCCUUUCCAUCAGCAAAAUACCAUGUCUACUAUGCCUGGGAAUCAGUUGACGACCGAGAUGGAGGCGAUGGCGCCUACUCAUGGAAUGUGGACAAACCCUACCUCUCAAGGUAUAAAGCCACGACCGGCUACUAUCCAUGAAGGAUUCGCAUAUAGUAUGGGUGGUGGCUUUGGAACGUUACCCGCGUGGACUCAACCCUCAUUGAGCAUCCCGCAAGCACAACACACCCCAAGCGACGCCAUGUUCCCGCCGACCUCGAUGCCUCACGAGUUCUACCCGCAAACGACAGGUGAGACGACUGAAACGACUAGGAAACAAGAUGAUGUAGAGGAGCUAACGGUUCCAUCAGAUGCAUGGGGGCAGAGACAUUGCGGAGAACACGUUGAUAUACCACCUUUGGACGACGAUCUUGCAAUUGGGCAGGCAUUUACUAGUGACGAGGUCGUUCCCAUGGACCUUCAGUAUCAGGGACAUCAGCAGUUGGAAGGCGAUCAGAUGAACUUCGACGGCGGAUUGAAUCAGCGCAGAAUGUCUGGAUCGUCGUUCAGCUUGUCGACUUCCGGUGCCUUCUCCGACAUGCCUUCGUACGACGAAUUUUCUGCCUCGCUCUCUGAUGCGCAGUCAAUUUCCGAUUACCGGCCGACCUCGAACAGGAACUCCUACAUGUCUUCAACACACCUCUCACCCGUCGCUUCUCCACGUAUGACUCCUCAAACACGGUCGGAUCUCGUACGGACACAGAGCAGAGGCCGCGCCUCGCCUUCUCCCCGGCCCGGAUCGCGCGCUGCCCCAUACAGCGUGGAUGGUGGCAGGAGUAAGAGAUGGUCAACGGGAUCUUACGGCACAGCUGCUAGCAGAAGACCUUCGCCUUUUGUCUACCAUCACGGAUCGCAAGAACCCUUCUACUCUCAGCCCCGGAUGCCGUCCCAUCACUCCUCCCCCACGGUUGCUCAACCUCAACUACCGCUCAGCUUUGGGAACCUACAGGCAGUACAGCAGAACCCCUAUCUGCUUGGGAGCAAUGGUCCAGUACUUCAGCAUAGCGGCAUGCUUCUUCCGUCGCAAUUGCCAUCCCAUGGGUUCCACCCAGUGCAGCACCACUUUGAGCAGCCGCCUCCGCUGCUUUCUCAUGGAUUCUUCCGUAUGCUUUCGAGCAAUGCGGACCCGAGCUCUCUGCAUCACCACUACGCAGACCUUUCGGAUCCGCCUGAUCUCUUUGCUGCCCUUCAGGAGGAACAACUCGAUCCUCCGCCCGAAGAUAUGAAUCCCGACGAUCCCGAAAUGGUCCCCCAUGAGCAGGAACUUAGGUUCGACGGUGACCUUUACACCCCCAAAUGGGUACGCGGACACGGAAACAAGAGGGAAGGAUGGUGCGGAAUCUGCAAGCCAGGACGUUGGCUAGUGCUCAAGAAUUCAGCGUACUGGUACGACAAGAGCUUUACACACGGCAUUAGCGCACCGACAGGAUGUCGUUUCCAGGAACCACAAAAGAUCAGGCGCAUGGAAGGAAACCCGGAAGUAUGGGAAGGCUUUUGUGGCACCUGCCGUGACUGGGUCGCGCUGGUGAGCAACAAGAAGAAGGGCACCACCUGGUUCAGACACGCAUACAAGUGUCAUACGCAUACCAAGAUCAAAGACACACCAAAGCGGCGAAGGGGGAGCAGUCACACGCGACCAUCAAGCAUGAUCAAAGCCAAAGCUGAACCGCAGAUCUCUAGCCCGCUGGGAGGUCAAAUGCAGGACAGCUCGAUCGCGGAAACACCUUCCUUAUCCCAGACGUCGGGGGAGAGCCAAUUCGAGCAAGCACAAGAGGAUCAAUGUUCAUCAUUGUCGCCGCCAUCGAUUCAGCCUCUUACACCGCAGCCACCCACCGAGCAACAAUCGGAGCUAUGCCAACCUCCCGAGUUGAGUUCACACGUUGAUAAACUGCAACCGCCGCCAAUUCCUCUACGCGAUGGGCGUCGCCAUAAUAUUCAUGCCCAGAUCACAUCUGCCCCUCGUUCCUGGCCUGCCCCCUUCACUGCUGAAGUGGCCAACUACCAGUGACCGUCCACAACGGUUGAUUAGUUGAGAAAUUCUGAUUGGAAUGGGUAUUACUACGUCCAAUCCACACCAUUUCUUAUUUUAUUUCCCCAUUUCCGUUUUUUUCAGCUUCAUGAACAUAGUUUGCUCACUGAACCAUGUGGUGUUCCUAAGGUGCCAACAAACCAUGGUCUGUUCUUUCCUCACCCCCAAACUCGCUUGUUUAAUCCCCAACCUUUUUACGGAAGCUGGCUACCAUGAGAUGUCGUUAUGAUCACACACGGAAAUCAGAAAAGCGGAAAGCAAGUACACACAAACAACUCCUCGGGAAUGGAGUAUGAUCUCUUAGAAUUGGGGCUCAGGGCGAUUUAUUAGAUACUU